UUCAACACUUAUACGAUUGCCUGGCAAAAUGGCGAUGUCUUUCUGAAAAACUAAAGUUGAGUGGUUUUCUAAAUUAAUUAACAACUAAAAAGUUAAUUGACCAUAAUAAAAAAGUACAUAUAUCUGGUGAUAACGGAGUAUGUGUCAGCCCUUGGUGACAGGUGCGUCUUAAUCACAUCUGUGUACUUCUGGAGUUGUUAUUAUACGCCAUAUAUUUAACUCAACACAACUCAAAAACAACUUAUUUUCAGAGUCACAGCGAUAACGUAAUCAAAUAAAAACAAACCAAAAGAAUAUAACAAAUAUAUUAAUUAGCCGAUUAUUCAAAUACUAGAGAUAAAAAGGAAAUAAUACCAGUGAGAACGGUUUUCUUUAAGAGUUGUCGGAGCGGAGUCAAGUCAGAGCCGAACUCAACAAUCUUAAUUUUUGAAUAUUCGGCUAAAUAGCGCACAUUAAACAUCGCAUAUACAUACAUACUUACAUAGAAGAUAUUCUGAUCUCCAUACCACACACUGCCACGUUAUCAGCCACACCAACAGAAAGAAAAGGAAGUUCAAAAUAAUUAAAUUUCCAUCUAUCAUCAACAUCAUACGAAGCGAGGACAUCAGCAAUUACAAAAUAUUUAGAAUACGUUUACACAAACAAUCCAAUUGAUAAAAGCAGCCUAGCUCCGUGCUUCUCCCCGUAACUUAUAUUAUUGAAGGCAUCUUUAAUUACACGGCAAAGAGCCAAGCAGACCUAACUUCACUUUUCGGCAACAAAGGAAAAAGCGUCUUAAAAAUAUUGACCACAUUAUACAUACAUAUUAGAGGCCAUCAUUGAUUUCUAACAAUGGAAUUGCGGGUUGGUAAUAAAUAUCGCCUGGGUCGUAAAAUCGGCUCAGGUUCAUUUGGCGACAUUUAUCUUGGCACUACAAUCAACACAGGCGAAGAAGUUGCCAUUAAAUUGGAAUGCAUACGCACGAAACAUCCUCAAUUGCACAUCGAGUCGAAAUUCUAUAAAACCAUGCAGGGCGGCAUUGGUAUACCGCGUAUCAUUUGGUGUGGAUCGGAAGGCGAUUAUAAUGUGAUGGUAAUGGAAUUGUUAGGUCCGUCAUUGGAGGAUCUAUUCAAUUUCUGUUCUCGUCGCUUCUCACUAAAAACUGUACUAUUAUUAGCCGAUCAGAUGAUAUCACGCAUAGAUUAUAUACAUUCUCGGGAUUUUAUACAUCGAGAUAUAAAACCAGACAACUUCCUCAUGGGUUUGGGCAAAAAGGGCAAUCUUGUUUAUAUAAUUGACUUUGGACUGGCGAAAAAAUUCCGCGAUCCCCGCUCAUUAAAACACAUACCAUAUCGGGAAAAUAAAAACCUUACUGGUACAGCUCGAUAUGCAUCAAUCAAUACACAUUUGGGCAUUGAACAAUCGCGACGUGAUGAUUUAGAAUCGCUCGGUUAUGUGCUGAUGUAUUUCAAUUUGGGUGCACUGCCGUGGCAAGGCCUAAAAGCUGCCAAUAAACGACAAAAGUACGAGCGAAUCUCGGAGAAGAAACUAUCGACGACAAUAUUGUCGCUGUGUAAAGGUUUCCCCAGCGAAUUUGUAAACUAUUUGAAUUUCUGCCGUCAAAUGCAUUUCGAACAACGGCCGGAUUAUUGUUAUUUGCGUAAACUCUUCCGUAAUUUGUUCCAUCGUCUUGGCUUUACUUAUGACUAUGUUUUUGACUGGAAUUUGCUGAAAUUUGGCGGACCACGCAAUCCGCAAGCCAUACAGCAGCAACAGGACGGUGCUGGUGAAUGCCAACAAGGACAAGAAGCAUCUGCAUCGCAACAACAACAACAGCAACAACACCAACACAAUCAAAAACAAAUAGCUGGCGGUGUCGCUGCCGUAGGUAGUGCACAAAUCAUGAAUUCAGGCGGUGGCGGUGCCCAGACUUUAGUCAGUAGUAGCGGUGCAAUGGUCGGUGGCGGUGGUACUUCCCAAAUGGUCGUUGGCAGUGGUAAUGGUGGUGGCCUGAAUAUGGACGACUCGAUGGCGGCCACAAAUUCAUCACGUCCCCCCUAUGAUACGCCCGAACGACGCCCAUCGAUUCGUAUGCGUCCAGGUGUUGGUGGAGGAGGUGGUGGUGUGCAGCCGGGCGUUGGAAACGACGUGAGAAACGCGAAAUAAUAUUUUAUUGUUUAGAAUUGAAGUACAUACUAAUAUAUACAUACAUAAACGAUAACUAUAUACUAGUUAAUAAGUGUGUAGGUCAGGUCUGGUCGGUCGGGUCGUCUUCAUCUAGUUUUAGCAAUUUUAGAUUAUGUAACUUUUUUCAUUUCUUUACUCAUUGAGUAAUUACUCUGGUCGUUACAUUGUUGACGUUGCAUUUGGACUUAAAACGAAUCGAUGCAAAAUAUUCGGCAAAGAGAUUACACAGAAAAUGUAUGAAAAAAAAACGCGAUACAAAUGCCAACAUUUACAAUUACUAAGCGAUAUUAAUUUACCAGAAAUCAAAGCAAAAGAUUAGAAUAUGUAUAUGUAAAAUUACAAUAAAACUAACAGAUCUUCGCAUACAGAUUUUACAGAAGAACUAAGUGCAUUGACUUGCUGAUUGGCGUAACAAACAACAGUGUACACUUGCUUCGAGUGUUGAUGUUUGGCGCGCGCGCAAUGCAAAAAAACUAAUUACACUUACAAAUAGUAAUAAUAAUUCAUCGAUGAGAAAUUAGCUGAAUACAUGGUAUAUGUAUUUGAUGAAAUUAUACAUUCAUAUUCUUUAUAUAUACAUAAAUAUAUAAACUAGAAAGUACAUAUAUAGAAAUGCUUAGAUAUAUGUAUAUGAAAAUAUUUUUACUAUUUAAGUUAAUAUUCAUAAAUUUAAAAAAAAAAAACUUGCUCCUCUAGAAUUUACUUACCAAUGUGAAAUUGAAAGGAAAAAUCGGAAUAAAAUACUAUCAAAACAAAUUCGACGCCGAGAAAAAUUAGGUAGUAUUUACGUAAAACUGAAAUAGUCGCAACAAUAGCAGUGAAAAAAUCUAUAUGUGAAUACAUUAAAAAAAAAAAAAAAAAAAAA